AUGUCAGGAACGAGCUCUCAACUCGAACAGAGCACUCAUGGUAGAAUACAAGCUAUCGAAAGGAGACUCGCCUCCCUCAAACCUAUGGACGUGACAUAUCAAGAUCAGACGUAUCACCUGAGAUCAUCCUUGGAAGCUAAUUCGCAUCCUGAUCGACUGUCAGAGAAGAUUAGUAAUCUGGCUGAAGGGUAUAACAGGUCCACGUUGACGAUUCGAAAUUAUCAAAUUUCGAAGCACCUCUCACAAAUCAAAGGAGAAAAUACGAAAUAUUGGGAUGAGAGGGUUGAGAAGGAGGAAAGUAGGUUGUGGGAGAUUGAAGAGGAGAUAUUGAAAGUCUCACUUGAGGGGACAAGUGAGGUUGAACGAAAUAGUGAUGCAGGGUAG